GUCGAUAAGAGCAUAUACCAUUUUAUAAAUGCGGUAUUUGUUAAACAUUUCGCGAAAGGUCAACCAUCAAAACAGUGCCCCCGAGACGCGGUGCCUUGCCUACACCGCGUCACAUUCCUCCUAACUCCCGCCGGCGCCGGUCUCGCGAGUUGCCAAUUUCGGCGCAAUUAAUUUUUUAUACACAACCAUAUUGUUUCAUGAAAAUUAUUUAUAUUCGAGUGCAAGGGAUCAUAUGUAUUGAGUGCCAGCGUCAUUAGCGAAUUGUUUUAGGCUAUCUAUCUGCAAGAGGCCCCGCAGGGGUGGUGUUUAAGAUGUUUGCCAUGAGUAAAGACCUUUUUUGUGUUGUCCAAUUUCUGGAAUUGCCUGAUGAUCAGACUGAUGGUUUAGUUUGCGUCCCAUACUCUUGGGUGAGACACAAGUUCGGGUCGAUGUUUGUGGCGUACCCCAUAGAGGACGGGAAGGAAACUGAAAUACGAGUGAGACGAAGGGAAACAGCUAAAAGGAAUUGGAAGACCUAUGAAGUAUCUCCGCUGUAUAUAACGCUUUGUUACGAUGACGCUGAACACUAUAUCAGUAAAAGACUCACCCAUUUACCAGACAAGACACAAACAUUUCCAACCAAGGAGCGCAAAGAUACGAAGAAACGUAUCCCUAAAUACAAUUCCAAGGGAUCAUUUAAGAAACCUAAAAUCAAUCCAGUAUCAAGAACAAAAAAGACUUCCCAUGAUAAGUCUGUCACGUCUGAUGACGAAAGUGUGCAGAACAUGACUUAUUCGGGUGAAGAAGAUGAAUUGCAAUUGGCUGACAAAUUUACUCAAACUGAUUGCGUUAAUUAUGCAGACAAAGAAACAAACACAUCUGCAGAUUUGCAACAACCCGAUUCACGUAAUCAGACACAAAAUAAACGUUCCAUUGGAACCUCUACAGAUCUCCAUCAUUCAGACCCUCAGAUGAAUGUAACAAGAAACCAUGAUAUGAAUGUAACCAGAAUUGAUUCUGCAUAUGCAAUGUCAGAGACACAUAUUUCAGGAAACUUACAAUUUCCGUAUAACCCACUGAAUCCCACGUCGAAUAUUCAAGGACAAAAUUAUCUUCAACAAACGCCCUUCUCUAGCGGAAUGGAUGGAUUUAAUAUAUACAUCAAUGGCGUUGACGUCAGAUCUACACCUGGAAUAAACGUAAACAUAACACCGACGAGGCCUUAUUUCGGUUUUAAUCAGGGACAUUUGCCGUAUCAAAACUAUAUGCCGCAAGAUGCACGUUUUCAAAAUGUAUUCUCUCGACCAAUCUUUUAUCCUCCACAGUAUCCGCAAUCGUAUGGAUAUAACCAAAGAAGUGGGGAGCAAGUCCAAAGAGAUGCAAGGAAUUUGUCGCACAUGCAAACCCAAACAUAUUCUGAUCAAGAACAAAUAGAAAGAAACGGUGGAAAUAACUCGCAACAACAGACUUAUUCGAGUCAAACAGCCGAGCAGCAAGAUCCAAAUAAUUUAAAUACAAACGAAUGCUCAUACAUAGAUUUGGACACUUCUUCUGUAUAAUAAUUCAAAAGAUAUAUCUAUAUUUCUGGUGAAUUAUAUUUAAUGUGGUACUAAAGUUGAUUGCCUACAUCCUACAUUAUAUACGAAUACAAAUGAAUAAUGAACUAUUCAUUUGUAUUCGUAUAUAAUGAAUAUGUUUUCGAUGUUGAGAUAA